GUCAGCAAUGCAGAUCCAGGUUGUCCAAAAUCUCCCUUUACCAUCUUCUUCCAUAAUCCCCUUCCAUAAUCCCCUUCCACAAUCUCUUUUUCCCAGUCCGGGAAGCCAACGUGGCGUGGCGCACAGUAUACUGCACUUAAUUCAAUUAAACAGCCUCGUUAAAAUAUGAUUGGAUACGUUACUAUACUGAAUUGGCUAGUUAUGUGCGCCCAGUAGGGAUGCUGCUACCUCUAUAGCUUUAAUGAACAUAUAAGUAAGCCAUCUCUUCCCUCUUAUGUGAAGUUUAUAAGUACUAGAUGCUUCAAGAUAUCCGUUUCUUCUUCUUCCAUAUCACUCAUCGAAAACACUGCUGAUUUUUCCUAUAAUGGCGUUGUCGGGCGAUAUAAUUGUUGGGAUUGUUUCUAUACUCAUCAUGUGCAUCAUAGCAGGUCUACAAUGCCUCCCAAGAUUCAUUCGUCGUCGCAACGCUCAAUCACUACAAGAAACCCCGAUCAACUACGACUUGCUUGCCAGGUCGUCUGCGCUCGAAUCUGGGACGUUCUAUGCUAUGAGAGGUGUAAGAGUCGAUACGUUUGCGCUUUGGUCAUCUCGUAUACCAGGUCCUUCCUGGGCCUUUCCUGACCAUGGAUCGGAACCCCAUCCCUCUUCUGCGUCGACUUUCUCAGAUGACACUUUACCACAGCGAAGGUUAGGGCGGAUAUUCAUACCCCAGCCCGAUCGGAUAUUAGGAGAUGACAGAAGUACCUAACUUAGAGACGUCUGCAACUUAUACAACGAUGCUUCGAUGGUUGGCAACCCCACGGUUCCAUUGGAGGCUGAGUCCUACCAAGCCUUCGUACCACCAUCCCCUGCCCUUCUCUGCCCCUCAUUGACUGGCCCUUGAAAGAAUUUCCUUUCCUUCGAUCGUAUCGGCCCCUGGUCUGCCCUGAGAAGAAACUCCCAUUCCCCAGACCAGCAGACUACCCAAAAAGACGGAUAGGUUUUAUUUCUUUUAUCUAGCGAAUACCAAAUGACGGAGUAAUCUUCAUUUCUCCUUUGGCUGAGACUUGCAUAUUUUAGAAGGUACUCCUUAGAGCUCAAGCUAUAUACAUAUCCAUGUACCCCUAGCUACCUUUAAAACUUAUACAUUAUAUUACGAAAACAUUCGAGUUA